AUGGAUACUCGCCCCAAACCCGUCGACGCGGCGAGUGCGCAACUUGCCAUCGCAACGUUUUUCCACGUGUGUCGUAUUGCACCGAAUGUUGUGGAGCACGAUGCUUUCAAGACGAUGCUGAAAAAGGUUGCUGCUGCUGGUACAGGAUUUACACCUCCUGGACGACGGCUAAUAAUGGGAAGAUUGUUGGAGGAGUGCAAGGCGAACACCGACAAUGCGUUGAAGGAGGUGAAGGAUUCAUGGAAGGAUGUCGGGGUGUGCAUCGCGUGUGACGGUUGGACCGACAGCAAAGGACGUCUGCAGCUGAACUUCUUAGCUGUCAAUGCGAUUGCAUCCGUAUUUCUUUUUGGGGUGGAUUGCGGCACGGAGAAGAAGGGAGCAGAAUUCAUUGCUGGCCACUUGAAGACGGCAAUGGUCAUGGUGGGAACGGAGAACGUAGUCGGCCUGCUGAUGGACGGUGCGUCCGCGAAUGUCAACGCUGCCAGCAUCAUCGCCCUCGACUACCCAAAAGUUCAGUGGAUUCGUUGCGCUGCGCAUUCUCUCAAUCUAAUGAUGAAGGACAUUGGCCAACUCGAUUGGGCCAAGGAUACCAUCGACCGCGCGCAGCAGCUAAUUUCGACGUUGAAGAACGCGCACUGGAUUACGGGGGUUCUUCGGAAGGAGAAGGCGCUACAAAUCUUGAAACCUGCGGGCACUCGUUUUGGAACAAAUUACAUCGCCCUCGAACGCCUGCAAGCAGUGCGCAAAACUCUCGACAAGCUGGUGCUGAGUGAGGAUUGGGAGGAGUACGUCAAGGGAAAGCCGAAAAUGAAGGACGCAUGGGAUACUAUUAUCGACAAAGAGUUCUGGGCGCGCGUUGGGACGGUGCUCGAUGUGCUUCGUCCGGUCUAUAAGCUGUUGCGGAAUGUUGACGGCAAUCAGGAGGUGAUGGGCAAGAUCUAUGACAAAAUGUUUGUUUUGGAGGACGCGGUGAAGGAGGCGUGUAAUGAGCUGACCGAGGAGGAGAAGGAGGAUGUGACCGACAUCGGGGAGAGUCCACCCAGAAACCCCACCGGUGCUGCGGGGCCUGAGCCUGAUGAGCCCCUUGACAAGCAGGUGGCGAGGACCCUGACAGGACGGUCCCGCGGGGCGGGGGGGUACUCGAUGACGAGAUCUCCCCCGGAGACAGCGCUGGGGGAGGAUCGAGUUGGACGAAUGAAGGCGAUGACGGAGGCAGCGGAGGCGGCGACAUCUGGAGGGGCUGCAACAGGAUGGGAGGCGGAAGGGGAGUUAGCUGCCGAGACUGCCACUGCCUCUGGCGGCGACUCAGCCUCACACCGUGUGAGGGGCCUCGCUGUGAUGCCACUUCCUGAAAUACAUGGACGGGUAGAGGAGCAAGAACGUGCAACGGAGGCAACGGAGGUGACGGUGCCCGCUCCACGGGCACAGACAGUGGUGAUGACGGAUGCUGCAGUGGGAGCGGACGUAGGCCCAGUCGAGGGAGGCGCAGUGGUUGGCGUUGGGUCCGCCGAAACACCUGCUGCCGCCGUGGGCGCAGACACGCAGGGGUGCGACCAGGUGGUGGGCGAUACACGGGGGCGUGGGAACGGCGUUGCUGCGCAUGCCACUCUCGGGAAGGGCAGGAAGAAGUUCCGCGCCCAGCCAGCGCCGAGGCGGCCCGGUGCAGGGCUUGUCCCGGGCCACCCGGGACCCCUCCUGGGCUGGCUUCUGCAAGGACAGCCGCCAAAAUCGCAGUUGCGUCAACCGCCAUCUGUGGGGUCAGGUAGCGGGAGAAACGAAGGGGAAACCGGCGUCAGGCAGGCGGGGAUUCUAAGCGAUGGGGCGGGAAACAUUCCGCCAGACAUGGCGGAGAUCGUGGGGGACGGGGCGGAAGACGGGGCGGAGGCGCAAUUGUCGGGGGAAGAGAGGCACUGGGACGACUAUGUAGCUGAAGCAUCGCAAGCCUCAGAGACGAUCUCGCUUGAGGAGGAGGGAGACGUGACGAGAAGAGUCCGAGGAAGAGUUAUGAGAGGGCGAAACCCUCAGGAUGGAAACCACCAGGAGGAAGACCCUCAGGAGGGAGGAGAGACAGGAGCAGCAGCGGGUAUGAGCCAGAGAGAUUCAGGAGAACCAAAGGUGCAGUCGCCGGCCGACCUGGCAGCCAACGGUGCCAUCUGGCAGCUGGCAGGAAUGUGGGAAUUGGCACCUCUGCAGCGAGGGGACCAACCUUUUUUGGUUCGGAGAAUGCCCCCAAAAAUUCUGGAGAGUUACACCCUCUGUAUCCUGGCACCACUCCUGCGCCUAGCAAAACACCCCGAUUGCCCGGGUGCGUGGGCGAUCCUGCAAUUCCUCCCAAGGCUGACCCUUCAACCGCUUCCCGAACCAGUGGAAGGAAGCCGAUGGACGGGGAUCGAGGGUAGGCUACACCAGUUCCAGCAAGGCAGAUGGGGGGAACUCUUCGAAGAGGCAAAAGUCAUCCCCGACAUAGACAAUCCGACACGACACCAAGCGGAUGAGGCUGGACCUUGUGCUAGAGCUGACGGUUUGAUGAAGAAGGGUAACAUCUCGAAGGCGGUCGCAGCGUUACGGACGACCCCACUCGCCGAGGCCACACCGACGACACUCGCUGCACUGCAGGCGAAACACCCCGAUGCUGCCUUGCCCACCUCGCCCUAUGUUACUAGCUACACCCUCUCGGCGCUGAGAGUGACCCCUGACGACCUUCGCGAAAUACUUAAGCGAUGCCCGAACGAAGUGGGAGCAGGGCCUUCAGGCACCUGUUUCGAACACCUCAAGGACCCGGCGCUAGCGAGUGAAGAGGUGCUCAUACUCCUCGCUAAAACAGUCAGCCACCUCCUUAGCACAUUUCAGACCCAGGCCGUCCGCGAGGUGCUCCUUCCCUCGAGGCUCAUUGCCCUGGAAAAUCCGGGAGGUGGCGUUAGACCUAUCGCGAUAGGAGAAGCAAUGCUUCGCAUCGUGGCAAAGGCAGCCCUGAAAGAAUUAUCGCAAAAUAUUCGGGAGUUUUUCCUCCCCGUACAGUUUGGCGUGUCGGUCACUGGCGGCGCAGAGUGCAUCAUACACGCAGACCGCUCGCUGCUUAAAGAGGACGAGACUCACGUCGCGCUACAGCUAGACAUCGAGAACGCCUUCAAUAGCGUGGAACGACCGGCGUUCUUCCAGGCGCUCUCGCAGUCGAACCUGUCAUCACUCCUGCCGCUAGUACGCACGAUGUACGAGGGCCCGUCCCGGCUUUUAGUGGACCACAGGCUUGGCGUUGACCAGAGCUAA